CAACCCUUGAAAGCUUCACAAGUUUCUGGUGGACACGAUUUAUAGUUCAACUUUCAAUAAUAUCAUACGUGAAAAAAAUGCACGUAAAAAUGUUGGCUUUGGUGUUCGGACUUCUUUUUUUCUCCAAUGUUGUUUCAGUCUUCAGCGAUUUUUGUUCAAUGAGUCCAUGUAAAAACGGAGGCACGUGUACAUCGUUGCCGGGCGGUUAUGAGUGCACAUGCGCAGCCGGAUAUCAAGGACCAAAGUGUUGCCAGACUGAAAGUCCAUGUGAUUCUAACCCAUGCAAGUUCGGGACGUGCACGGGCAACGGAAGUGGUUACACAUGCACGUGCCAAGCCGACUUCACCGGUACAACGUGUGAUACGGUGAUAGAUGACUGUGCCGGAGUUUCGUGUAAUUCUGGGACAUGCGUAGAUACAGUCAACAACUACUGGUGUGAUUGUACCGGAACAAGUAAUAGUGGUCGCUACUGUGAACUGUAGAUGAGUUCAGAAGGAAGUUGAAUGAAAGAAUGAAAGAAGAGAUUGGAGUUGUC